GCUAUCGAUUCCUCAAUCCGGAGAACCUGCUACCGAACGAACGCAAGAUUUCCCACUAGAUCCCUCAACCACCAAAAAUCAGGAGCAAAACUUGAAUGGAUAAAGAAGGAGAUGGCUCUGAUACGGCGCUGCAGAAACAAGAAUGGGCGAGGACGCAGGAUGUGCUCAAGAGCAGGCUCAUCCUUCAAGAUGAUUUUGGGUGGUCUCUACCUUCGAUGAGCUCGGAUUCAGAUCAGAGUGAUCCCACAGGGGGCAAACUGAAGUACAUAGGUGGGGUUGACAUUAGCUUCCUGAAAGAAGGCCCUUCCACAGCGUGUGCUGCGCUGGUAGUUCUCAAUGCUCAAACUUUGGAGAUUGUUCAUGAGGAGUUUGAUGUUGUCCGGAUGCAAGUGCCCUACAUUCCUGGGUUUCUUGCUUUCAGAGAGGCUCCCAUUCUUCUAGGACUCCUGGAGAAGAUGAAGACCAAUGCUCAGCAUUUGUACCCUCAGUUACUCAUGGUUGAUGGAAAUGGGUUGCUCCAUCCACGAGGUUUUGGUUUAGCAUGCCAUCUCGGUGUCCUUGCAGACCUGCCGACCAUUGGUGUUGGAAAAAAUUUGCACCAUGUGGAUGGUCUUAACCAAUCUGAAGUCAGAAGACAGCUUGAAGCAAAAGAAAACUGUAAUAAGGAAUAUAUUUUAUUGACUGGACAGUCUGGGGCGACAUGGGGAGCGGCAAUGCGCUCCUGUCCUGGUUCAUCCAAGCCAAUCUACAUCUCAGUUGGUCAUCGCAUUUUGCUCGACUCUGCCAUUGGGGUAGUGAAGUACUGCUGUAAAUAUCGUGUUCCAGAGCCCACGCGUCAGGCUGAUAUAAGAUCGAAGGUGUACCUCCAACAGCACCUAAGAUUACAGCAGUAACAGGACUCAAAAAUGGCAAACAGUAACAAGAUUCCAAGGUGUUCUCAUCUUUCUAGUUGAUGUGAGAUUUGAGAAAGAAACUGUCUGAGAUAUUGAAGCCUCAAGUAACUUCUGUAUAGCCUUCUCUAAUACUAGUAUUCGUCUGUAAAAUGGAUUGCAAUGUCUUCUUUGAUCAAUAUCUGAAUUUUUUCAUUUUGUUACUAUGCACAUCCACAUGGAAAUUAGCAAGAAUAAUCAAGGACCUGGGUUUACACCGCA